UGUCGCCCUGAUUUAUCUCCUGCUUACGCACUCGCCGUCGCACAAGCUAUUGCUUGCCCUCAGUGCACAUGCAACAGCUCUACACUUGUAUGACGACACCCCCGCACAUGCGGCCACACGACAGACAAGUCUCAACGUCGUCAAGGCAAGCCGCACCAGCUUCUCAUAUCUAAUAGAGCAUUCGACGCCGAUUUUACGUCAAGCUGCUUCGUUUUUGUUAUUUCGAAACGUUACGUAACCACGGCAACGUGUUAAAUCGUCACGUGCAGGAGGUGUGCAAGAUGGCGCUAGUCUUGGAGUACAUUAUUGUCGGCGUGCUGGUGGCGACAAACCUCUCCGUCGGCCUCUACUUUUCCUUCCGCAAGGCCAACGUUGGCCCCGGAAGCAAAGUGACGGCGACAGAAGUGUUCCUCGGAGGCAGGAUGCUCAAGACGUUUCCCCUGGCCGCCUCUUCCGUCGUGUCACUCUUCUCUUCAACCGGUCUCAUCGGCCUUCCCGCUCACUACUACGCGUACGGAUGGCACAUGACUUGGUCCUUCCUGAUGCCCUUGUUCUGCAUUCCUUUGGGAACCCACGUUUUUAUGCCCGUGCUCUACAGGCUUCGCAUCACAUCGAUAUUCGAGUACAUUCGUCUGCGAUUCAAUGCCACCAUUUCUUUGACGGCAUGCGUGAUCUACAUUUUUCUCACGUCAAGCGUCGGUGCUUUGUCUGUGUUGGCUGCGUCGCUGGCGCUUGUUACAGUGUUCAACGUGCCCCUUGUUGGGUGCAUCGUGUUCAUAGGGAUGUCGGGGACGCUGUACACAGCCCUGGGAGGACUUCGUGGCGUGGUCUGGACGGAUUGUUUGCAGUUCUUUCUCAUUCUGAUUGCCCCUGCUACUGUCGUCACAAAAAUCACGGUGGAUUCUUUGUCACCAAACUCAGCGAUCGAGCCACUGAGCCAUUUGGACCUUGGAAAGUAUAUAGGAGAUUACAGUUUUGACUUAAUACGCGAAGAAACAAUCUGGUCUUGCUUACUUGGCUCUACGGCAAUGUCAAUAUACCGUCUAUGCCUGGACCAAAUGGUUGCACAGAGGAUCCUGGCGUCUCGAACACUGGAAGAAGCUCAAAGAACAACCUGUACUGGUGCUGUCCUCAUCGUUGUGUUCUAUUGUGCCGCCUUUUCUCUCGGAGCGGCGAUGACCAUCUGGUUUCAUGGCUGUGACCCCAGCUUAAUGGGAGCCAUUUCAGGCGUUGACCAGGUCUUGCCAUACUACGUUAAAACAUACCUCAUCAAUGCUCCCGGGCUUUCGGGCCUCUUUCUUGCUGGUGUCGUGAGCGCUGCAACAAGCACAGUGUCGUCUACAGUGAACUCCCAAGCUGCUAUUCUUUACGUAGAUGUGAUUGUCCAUCGGUACAAGAACGCUGAAAAACAUGUGCGAUGGAUUACUCACAGCACAGCGCUGGCAUUGGGGAUUUCAAUGACAGUGUACAGUGUACUCUGUGCGCACAUGGGCUCUAUGACAAAGGGAAAUUCCGGUGCUGUACCAUCAGUUCAGAUUUACAAGUCCUUUCUUAUGGUGUACAAUGGCAUGACUGCGCCUUUCGUCGGUCUGUGCCUAUUGGGAGUCUUAUUCCCGUUCGUUCGCGCAAAGGGUGCCGGGGUGGCGACAAUUGCUACGGUUGCGUAUCAACUGUUGCACAUCGCAAGCAUACUUCGGAGUGGAAGAAACCUUCCCAGAAUGGUGACAUCCCUGGACUACUGCUUCCACAACGACAGUGGCAUUUCUUCGCCAUUAAACACUACCUUCCCUACUCCACAGGAAGAGCCAAACGACUCGUUUAUCCUGUUCCGUGUGUCCUAUCUCUGGACCAGCUUCUUUGCUAUUUUCGCUACAGUUUCGCUGGGAGUAAUCGUGAGCGCUGUCACAGGCGAAUGGAAGACCAAAGAAGACUUAUCUCCCUUGUGCUGGGAUUAUGCUGCGAGAUUUUGGAAAAGAUCAACAGUGUUAUCGCGCCAGAAUUCUGCACAGAAGAACAAGGGAGCAUAUCUCGGGACUGCUACACAGAACUUCGAAAUAGAUGACGCAGCGUUGCUUACGCAAAAUAAACAGGCAUCUGUAUAAAUAAAAACGACAAAUAAAAUGUGGCAUUCACAAAA